AUGCCAAUCCCCAUGCAGGUGUCCCUUCCACUGGCUCUGCAUCUUUGCACCCCCCAGACAUACAAUAUAAUGACCGACGAGCGUUGGAAGCCUGGCGAGAAAUUGCAUCGCUUCUCUCUGAACGACUUUGCCUUCAUUGAGCAGCAAUCUGGCCGGACUCAAGCUACCUUACUAUUCGCUGCCAUCUUGCGUGAUAUUUUCAAUCACUCAGAUUGGUCACAGCUCUACAGUUUCUUCACCAAGCGAUUUCCUCAAGGGCAGGAACCUAACGAUGCCAGCAUGAGGACUCUGGAGCCGCCCAAGGAACAGUCUGCCUGGAAGAAGCCCACGAUGGUUGACUUUAUGACAGACCCUAGCUCGGUCGGACUGCCCAAGGAUUUGGUCAUCUUGCUUGCAACAGCCGGUCGCACCUCGCGCUCUCGCUUGAUGGGCCCCGACCCGCAGCCGUGCGCGAUCGGUCCUGCCAUCAGCGUAGCCUGUGGCGCGGGGGGCUACAUGGAUCUCGCCUACGCGGGCCGGCCGCCCGGGCAGUAUGAAAAACUGCACUAUAUAAACGGUGAAUUGUACGGGUGGAAGAAGAACAAGUUUGACGUCAUAGCAGGCGAUAUUUCCACGACCAAGAAGGGCGGACGGGAUCGACACUGGGCUGAGUGGGCAGAGCUAUGGUCUGCCAUCGCCGAGUGGGUAUACGAGCAUGAUAGCAAGGCACUUCAGCUAGGCCACCUGAGCACGCAUAGCUUCAAGUACCGACCGAGUCCAGAGGAGGAGCGAUCUUUCGACCAUUUCGGCAAAAUCCCACGUCAAUAUCUCAGGACAGAUGCCAUCGCAGCCGCUGAAGCGAUUCACGACGUCUUCGCCCAGCUGGCUGAAGAACCGGAACGUUUCCAAGGAGUCGAAUGGGACUUCCUAGAACUGGCAGUGCCAGUGGAUGUAAGAGAGGCCUUUCACGCUCGAUUCGGCCAGAAGGGCCCCGAUCACAAUGAGAACCGUGCUCGCUUGGUACAUAGAGUGCCUGGACCAGGGCGGGACUCACUUGCGUACGGGGACUCAUUGGCAUACGAAGAGGUCAGCCCGAUGGCUCUGAAGCGGUGCCCGGAUGGUUUCUUCGGGGCUAGCUGGGAGGCAUGGCUCUUAUCAAUCGAGGGAGGAGAUGUGGUCAUCGUGGAGACGAUAUUCCAGGCACUCUGGGCGGUCAUGCUAUUGUCACAGCUUCCGUUGAAUAUCGAGAUCAUCGGGAAGACUGAUCGGUUCCCAAGAUGCCGGGAUCCUGAUACUGUGUACAUAUGA